AUGUCUCUUAUGGUUAUCAAGAAUUCCAUCUCAAGUGCCAUUAGGGGAGCUAUACCUGAUUCAGAGAAUGCUAAAGAAUAUCUGAAUUCAGUUGAGGAGCAAUUCAAGGGAUCUUCUAAAGCACAUGCGAGUUCUCUAAUUUUGAAGAUGCUUACCACAAAAUAUGAAGGGACUAGUGGUGUGCGUGAGCACAUAAUGAUGAUGAGCGACAUGGCCCAUAAAUUAAAGGGAUUAGACAUGGAAAUAAGCGAUGGUUUUCUAGUGCACUUCAUCAUGACUUCUCUUCCUGCACGUUUUAAUGCUUUUAAGAUCAACUAUAACACUCAGAAAGACAAAUGGUCAAUGAGUGAGUUGAUAGCAAUGUGUGUGCAGGAAGAGGAACGUUUGAAACUAGAACAACCAGAAGUUGCUUAUAUCGCUACCACUAAGUCAGUGAAAAGGAAGGGAAAUUUUAAAGGGGAAAGUUCCAAAGUCCAGAAAGCGAAUUCAAAUACUGUUUCCAGCCCUAAUGUUUCCAAGGGACAGUCUCAUUGCAAGUUCUGCCAUAACAAAGGGCACUUGCAACGAGAUUGUUCAAAAUUCAAGGAAUAG